UCUCUCUCUCUCUUCUUGGCAACACUUUUUAGCAGCUUAAUUUGCCAUGAAGUCAGCUAUUGUUGUUAUGUUUUUUCUUGCCUUUUUAGAAUAUGGACUAAUGUCCCAAAGGGUCUCAUGUUUUGGCAUAAACUAUGGUCAAGUCGGCGACAAUCUGCCUCCUCCGGUCAAUGUUCUUGAACUCUUGAGCUCGCUCGGGAUAUCGAAGACAAGAAUCUACGACACAAACCCUCAAAUCCUGUCUGCGUUCGCCAAUUCCAACAUCGAAAUCAUCGUUACAGUCGAAAACGAUAUGCUUCCAGUCUUGAUCAACCCUCAGCAAGCGUUCCAGUGGGUGAAUUCUCACAUCAAACCCUACUUUCCCACCACAAAGAUCAGAGGAAUCGCUGUCGGGAAUGAGAUCUUCGCUGACGAUGAUUCAAGCCUCAUAGGGUAUCUCGUGCCGGCGAUGAUGAGCAUUCAUGCGGCUCUUGUGCAAUCGGGAUUAGACCGAUACAUCCAAGUAUCGACCCCAAAUUCGUUAUCGGUUCUUCAAGAAUCAUACCCUCCAUCCGCAGGUUGCUUCAAGCCCGAAGUGGCGAGCGUAAUGUCGCAGCUGCUAGGUUUCUUGCAUAACACGAAAUCUCCAUUCUAUAUCAAUGCUUACCCUUACUUCGCCUACAAAGACAACCCGAACAAAAUCUCCUUAGACUACGUCAUGUUCAACCCUAACACCGGAAUGAUCGACCCUUACACACGGCUUCACUACGAUAACAUGUUGUACGCGCAAGUAGAUGCGGUGAUCUUCGCCAUUGCGAGGCUCGGAUACGGAGGAAUCGAGGUGAAAGUAUCGGAAACCGGGUGGCCUUCGAGAGGGGAUGAGGGGGAGAUCGGAGCGAAUCUGGGGAAUGCCGCGAUAUAUAACGGGAAUCUGUUGAAGAGACAGAUUGAGAAUGAAGGGACGCCGUUAAGACCGAACAUGAGACUUGAAGUAUAUCUGUUUGCAUUGUUCAAUGAAGAUCUGAAACCUGGCCCGACUUCUGAGAGAAACUAUGGGUUAUAUCAACCAGAUGGAACCAUGGCUUAUAAUGUCGGACUCAUUGCUUCUUCUUCUUCUUCUUCAACAACAACUUCUUCGUCUCCAUCUUCAACAUCUUCCAUUAUUUCGCUUACUUCAUCUGCUUCAAUGGCUGUAAAAAAGGGACAUCAAAGAUUUGUAUAUUGGACGCCGGUGUACUUGUUGAUCCUUCAUAUGCUAACGAGAAGACAAUAUUAGAUGCAAAAAAAAAAUGAGGGCUUUUUUUUUUUGCAAUGUAAAUAUACGGUCCAUUGGUUUCUUAGUUUUUCCAAAUACACAAAUUAAAUUUAAUCAAGUGUCUGGUUAUGAUUCUUUG